GGGAAAGGUCGGGGCUCCCGGGACGCGAAGGGGAACGCUGCUGUGCCGGGCGAAGGGGGCGGGGCGCGCCGAGUCCCGGACGGCACUCGCGGCUGGAGGAGAGGCCGGCCCCGCGCAGUGCAGCAAGCGCCCCCGGGCCCCAUUCCGGCAGCCCCGGCGCCCACACCUCGCGCCCGCCAUGCCCGAGCAGCUCAGCGUCGCCGAGUUCCUGGCCGUCACGGCAGAGGACCUCAGCUCCCCGGCGGGUGCUGCCGCCUUCGCUGCCAAGAUGCCCCGGUGCCGGGGUGCAGCCCUGGCGCGGGAGGAGGUGCUGGAAGGAGACCAGGCCAUCUUGCAGAGAAUCAAGAAGGCCAUGCGUGCGAUCCACAGCUCCGGCCUUGGCCACGUGGAGAACGAGGAGCAGUACCGAGAGGCCGUGGAGUCCUUGGGCAACAGCCACCUGUCCCAGAACAGUCAUGAACUGUCCACCGGCUUUCUGAACUUGGCCGUGUUCACCCGCGAGGUGGCCGCGCUCUUCAAGAACCUGGUUCAGAACCUGAACAACAUUGUCUCUUUCCCCCUGGACACUCUGUUGAAGGGGCAGCUGAGAGACGGACGACAGGAUUCCAAAAAGCAGCUGGAGAAGGCAUGGAAGGACUAUGAAGCCAAAAUGGCCAGGCUGGAGAAGGAGAGGGACCGGGCCAAGGUGAUAGGAGGGAGCACCGGGGAGGUGGCCCAGGACACGCAGAGAGAGCGCCGCGUCUUCCAGUUGCACAUGUGUGAGUAUCUGCUGAAAGCCGGGGAGAGCCAGAUGAAGCAAGGCCCUGAUUUCCUACAGAGCCUCAUCAAGUUCUUCCACGCUCAGCACAACUUUUUCCAAGAUGGCUUGAAGGCAGCUCAGAGCCUGUCCCCCUUCAUCGAGAAGCUGGCAGCCUCGGUACACACACUGCGUCAAGCCCAGGAGGAGGAGCUACAGAAGCUGACCCAGCUCCGGGACUCCCUCCGAGGGAUGCUGCAGCUCGAGAGCAGAGAGGAGAGUCUGAGCCGGAAGAACUCAGGAGGUGGUUACAGCAUCCACCAGCACCAAGGCAACAAGCAGUUUGGGACAGAGAAGGUCGGCUUUUUGUACAAGAAAAGUGAUGGAAUUCGAAGAGUCUGGCAGAAAAGGAAGUGUGGAGUCAAGUAUGGCUGCCUGACCAUCUCACACAGCACGAUAAACCGGCCCCCAGUGAAGCUGACCCUGCUGACAUGCCAAGUAAGGCCAAAUCCCGAGGAGAAAAAGUGCUUCGACCUGGUGACCCACAACAGGACGUACCACUUCCAGGCGGAGGACGAACAUGAGUGUGAGGCGUGGGUGUCAGUGCUGCAGAACUGCAAGGACGAAGCCUUGAGCAGUGCCUUCCUCGGGGAGCCCGGCAGCGGCCCGGGGCCCUGGGGUGCCGCCGGGCCGGACGGGGAGCCCCAGGACCUGACCAAACUGCUCAUCGCCGAGGUCGAGAGCAGGCCGGGGAAUGGCCAGUGCUGCGACUGCGGGGCUGCAGACCCCACCUGGCUCAGCACCAACCUGGGCGUGCUCACCUGCAUCCAGUGCUCGGGCGUCCACCGCGAGCUGGGCGUGCGCUUCUCACGCAUGCAGUCCCUUACCUUGGACCUGCUGGGGCCCUCGGAGUUGUUGCUGGCCCUGAACAUCGGAAACACUCGCUUCAAUGAGGUCAUGGAGGCCCAGCUGCCCUCGCACGGCGGCCCUAAACCCUCAGCUGAGAGUGACAUGAGCGCCCGCAGGGAGUAUAUUGUGGCCAAGUAUGUGGAACACAGGUUUGCCCGGAGGUCCACGCCCGAGCCUCAGAAACUCUGGACAGCCAUUUGCAACCGGGAUCUCCUGUCUGUGCUGGAGGCCUUCGCUAAUGGGCAAGACUUUGGACAGCCACUGACAGGGCCCGAGGGGCAGGCACCUGGAGAGCUCGCCCUGCACCUGGCUAUCAGAGUCGCCAACCAGGCCUCACUGCCCCUGGUGGAUUUCAUCAUCCAAAAUGGUGGUCACCUGGAUGCCAAGGCUGCUGAUGGCAACAGCGCCCUCCACUGUGCUGCCCUCUACAACCAGCUCGACUGCCUCAAGCUGCUGCUGAAAGGGAGAGCCUCGGUGGCCACAGUGAACGAGGCAGGAGAGACGGCUCUGGACAUAGCCAGGAAGAAGCAGCACAAGGAGUGUGAGAACCUGCUGGAGCAGGCUCAGGCCGGGACCCUCACCUUCCCCUUGCACUUGGACUACCCCUGGGGAAUUUCCACAGAACCUGGCUCUGACAGUGAGGAGGAUGAGGAAGAGAAGCGCUGCACACUGAAGCCCCCAGCCCAGGCCCGCUGGACCAGUGGGAGGCUGGACAUCAGCAACAAGACCUAUGAGACCAUCACCAGCCUGGGACCAGCUGCCCCUAAGAGCCAGAGUGAGGAUUGCCCCCCACCUUUGCCGGUCAAAAACCCUUCUCGGACCAUGGCCCAAGGGCGUGUGGGACUCGCCAGCGGAGAUCGUUCUGAAAUCCCCAGCCUGAGUUCAGAGUCCCCUGGGGCCUCUGAGAACCUGAGCAGCCCAGCCUCCUCCUCCUCCAGCCUCACAAGCUCCGUGGAACCUGGGGGUCCCAACGAAAUCCUACCCAGCUCUGAAGAGGGCCCCUGCGAGCUCCCAGGGCCCUCCCGCCCCAGCCUGACAUCUGGAACCUCCCCUGCAGAGAUGUAUCCCCCUGUCAGGUUCAGCUCCGAGAGCACGCGCUCCUAUCGGCGGGGGCGGAGCCUGGAAGAGUGUCCCUCAGCCCGGCAGCCUGUACCCGGAAGGAACAUGAUGGUCGGCUUCCCUGAAGGAGACGGCGCGAGGACUGGGGUUCUCCCGCCCAGUUCUGUGCAGUCUUUGCAGGACUAGCUCCUUGCUGGCUCUUGCAUGCCUGAACCACCCUUGUGCUGAACCCCAGCAUUCAGAGCUAGGACUUCAGCCCCUAAGACUGAGGAGCUGAGGUGUUCACGCCCUGGGUUCUCUCUGUCCCUGUGCCUCUGUGGCUGGCCUUCCUCCCUGCCAUGAGCCCAUGCCCCUGCCAGGAACACUGGGCCCUCCGUGUUAGGGCUGAUGGUGGUUUGUUUUCCUCUAUCUCAUACCUGCCAGGGACAAGGGAACCCUACGUCUGGACCCUCGUGCUCCUGACUUAGCUCCAGCUGCAGAACCCUAAAUCUUUCAUCAGAGCAGGACUGUAUUUCUUCCAUCAGUCUGGGGGACUCUAACCCACCUUCAUCAUUCUGUAGGCCAGGGAUUCUGCCAGACUAGGGACUGUCUUCUCAGUCAUUCAUUAGCCUAGGAUUCUUUGACUGAGUUCUGGCUCUUUGUCUAUUCCUGGGCCAGGCACUGCAGAGGCCACAAGAAUAAGAUACAGGUCCUGCAGCUGAGGUCCCUUUCCCAGCAGCUGGUCCCAAGAGUUCGGCCUGGGAAUGGGCAGGGCCAUUCCAGAGGAUGGUUCUGGGCUCAGGGGCAGACUGGCAAUCAGCUGGCUUACACCCGAAUGGUAUUCCAGUUGUCUGCAGCCUGUAUCCAUCCUGGGUGGUCAAUGCCCAUGCUGUACUGACUGUUAAAUAAAUAUUCUGAAUAUCACUCCUUCUGAGGGACAGCACAGCCUUGCUGUGAACCUCUGCUAGAUCCCCAGCCAGGAGGGAGGGUAGGGCUCACCCCCGAUUUGCCUACUCUCCUUGAUUUAGCCAGAAGGAAAGGCAUGGUCUAGGAUGAUUAUCGUCACUUCUCUCCUGUUUCUAGUGGUCAGCUCAGGAGCCUUCCAGUCUCAGGGGAAGCAGAGGGCCAAGAAAGGAGAAAGGAGAGUGAUAGAAAUGGAGGGUGGAGACUUAAAGGUUCUGCUUCCUAGCACCAGAAAUACCACCAUCGCUUUCAGGCCCAUAUUGGAAAACAGAUACACCUAAGCCAUCAUCAGCCUCUAACACAUCAGUUCUGUGGGCACUGGGUCCUGGCAGGGAUGACGGGGACAAGCGAGGGAGGCUGGAAGAUGCCAAUGGCCAACGUGGCAGCCUGGCCAGGGAAGCUGGGCUGUUUACCCUGGAUACCCGGCUGGUCUGUGAUCCCACAGGAGCAGGGUUGUCUUCAGAGCCCCCAGUGACUGGUUUUAUUCAUCUCAGAUCUGUUAUUAUUUCACUCAUCUCUAAUAAAGGAUUUUUUGGAGUAAA